AUGUUUACCUUUUUGCUACAAAACCAGGAAGUUGUGGCAAAAUUUACUUCCACCAUCUUUGAGAAUACGACACUGAUUGGGGACCUAAACAAAACUGGAUAUGAUCUUUUUCUGACCGAUCCUACAUUUCCAGGUGGUGUGCUGUUAGCACAUUACCUCCAGCUGCCUUUGGUUUACAAUGUGCGCUGGCUUUUUAGUGGAGAGGCACACCUUGCCGUCGCUCCUUCUCCAUUAUCCUACGUCCCUAUAUGCUUCUCCCAUAACUCUGACAAAAUGGAUUUUUUUCAAAGAAUCAGAAAUAUGAUCCAUUACAUCAUGUUUUUUUACAUGGAGUACUAUGUCUCCAGACCACCAUACCAGGCCUUGUGUGAUCAUUAUUUUGGAAAUAAUGUUAGCCUCAUGUCUCUAACCCAAAAGGCUGACCUCUGGCUCAUGCGGGUUGACUUUACAUUUGAGUUCCCUCGUCCCACCAUGCCCAAUGUCAUCUACGUCGGUGGCUUCCAGGGUAAGCCUUCAAAGCCUCUCCCAUCAGACCUCCCUCAGAAGGUUGUGUGGAGACAUGUUGGGAAAAGACCAGCCACUCUGGGAAACAACACCAUGCUGGUUGAAUGGCUCCCUCAGAAUGAUCUACUAGGCCACCCUAAAACCAAAGUUUUUGUCACACAUGGUGGCACCAACGGCCUGUACGAAGCCAUCUACCAUGGUGUGCCAGUUCUGGGCAUUCCACUCAUUUUUGACCAGCAUGACAACUUGUUACGUAUGGAGGCCCGGGGAGUGGCUGAAAUAGUUGACGUGGCAAAAUUGGAUGUUGACUCCCUGACAAGUGCUCUGAAGAAUAUUUUGGACCCAGAAAAGCCCUACAAACAGAAUAUGCUCAAACUAUCACAACUUCAUCAUGAUCAGCCCAUGAAGCCUCUUGAUAGUGCUAUUUUCUGGAUGGAAUAUGUCAUGAGGCACAAGGGUGCAGCACAUCUGCGCACUGAGUCAUAUAAGCUGCCUUGGUAUGCCUGUCAUUGUCUAGAUGUGAUGGCAGUCCUUGUAGCAUUUGGCUUGCUGAUCAUUGCUUUAGUUUGGACUUCUUGUCAAUGUCUAAUUACAUUUUUGUUGAACACAAAGAAGUCCAAGCAUGAAUAG